CGCUCGGCUCCUUCCGGCUCGGACCCGGGCCAGCCGGGCUGGGGGCGAGUUGUGUAGGCGCGGCGGGACCCGGGGGACCGGGGGAGCAGGGAGCAUAGGGCAAUCGGGGAUUCUCGGGCCGGCAAAUGGGGUCCGGGGAAGCAGAGGCGCCGCGAGUCCGUGCGCCCCGCCCGCAGCGCCCUGGCCGGGCGGCGCGGGGCCUCCCCCUCCGGCACCUUCUGAUCGCCGCGGGCAGGAGGCGGGGAGUCGGCGCCGCUUAAAAGGCGCGGUCCGGCCGCCAGGUGAAGCCACCGGCGCCCGCGUCCCUCCGCGCUGCAGCCCGCGGCGCCCGGCCCCAAAGAACCCCGCCGACAGUGCCAGCCUCCCAGAAAAGAAGAUGGAUUGGAGCACGCUCCACACCAUCCUGGGUGGUGUCAACAAGUACUCCACCAGUAUCGGGAAGAUCUGGCUCACUGUCCUCUUCAUUUUCCGCAUCAUGAUCCUGGUGGUGGCUGCCAAGGAGGUAUGGGGAGACGAGCAGGCAGAUUUCACCUGCAAUACUCUGCAGCCUGGCUGCAAAAAUGUGUGCUAUGACCACUACUUCCCCAUCUCACACAUCCGGCUUUGGGCACUGCAGCUCAUCUUUGUGUCCACACCAGCUCUCUUGGUGGCCAUGCAUGUGGCCUACCGGAGACAUGAGAAAAAGCGGAAGUUCAUCAAGGGAGAGAUAAAGAGUGAAUUCAAAGACCUCGAAGAGAUCAAAAACCAGAAGGUCCGCAUCCAGGGCUCACUGUGGUGGACCUACACCAGCAGCAUCUUCUUCCGGAUCAUCUUUGAAGCAGUCUUCAUGUAUGUCUUCUAUAUCAUGUACGAUGGCUUCUACAUGAAGCGUUUGGUGAAAUGUACCAACUGGCCUUGUCCCAAUACCGUGGACUGCUUUGUAUCCAGGCCCACCGAAAAGACCGUCUUCACCUUUUUCAUGAUUGCCGUGUCCGGGAUCUGCAUCAUGCUCAAUGUCACUGAAUUGUGCUAUUUGCUCAUUAGGUAUUGUUCUGGAAAGUCAAAAAAACCGGUUUAAUGCCAUACCUAGCUAUUAGGUAAAUGAUAGCAUGAAAGGAAUAGGCAAUUUGUGCUUAGCUGUCAAGGUCAAGAUUAUCUUAAACACAGCCAUUCAAAAGUCUUUAGCUCUCCGUGAAACUUCAAAUGCUGCCAGUGAAAUGCUACUCACCUAAAGCUUCAAAGCCAAACGUUGACUCUUUUUUAUUAAUGGAAUUAAAACGUUCAAAGGAAACCCUGAACUUCCCAGGUUUCUAGUACAAGAUUCUUUGACAUCUUAGACAAAGGCUCUCUCUCCCUCCAUCCCUCUCUCCCUCUCUCUCUCCCUUCCUCCCUCCCUCUCUCUCUCUCUCUCUCUCUCUCUCUCUCUCUCUCUCCCUGUCCCCCCCUCUCUCUCUGCCCCUUCUUUUUUAUUUUAAGGAAAGAAGAGAAAAACCAGAUCUAAAGAAGAAAUUGACCGAGUCUUGGCCUCUCAUUUUAGUGUUCCUUUUGCUAAAUUUUCCUGAAUCAAAAUUAAACAGAGAAUCUUGUUUUAUUCCCCCCACCCCCACCUUGGGAAGUGUUGGUUUCUGACAGUGGGUAAGGGUAACUAAUUGCUUCAAACCUUGUUACGUGGUUUUAAGUGAAAACUUUAACAUAUGUUCUUUUGAUUUACAGAUGGGAACUAUUUUUUGUACCUUCUAUUUUAGAGGUUCAGAUUGUGUGUAGUAACCAACUUUUUGUACUUCCUAUUUCAGAGGUUCAGAAGUGAUGUGUAAUUAGAUGGUAUCAUUGAUUUUUAAAUAUAGCCUUUUGAUAAUGAAUUAUUUGUGGGGCACUGGCCCUUGCAUUAAUUGUGGUAUGCAGUCCAUGAGAACAUUCCAGCAUCUAUCAAGUGAAACAAAUUAAAAAAAAAUCUUAGCAAGAAAUUCUCAGCAAUUACUUAGAACUUAGUGGCCUCACCCCAAAUUUUAUGUACAAUUUUGUUCAAGGAACACCAGGGGCUGGAGAAAUAAUACAGCACUUGCCUCGAAAGUGGCUGAUCCAGAUUCUAUCCCCAGUAUCCCCUGUGGUUCCCCCAAGCACUACCAGGAGUAGUUUCUGAGCGCAGAGCCAGGAAUAACCACUGAGUCUCACUGGGUAUGGCCCAAAAUGUUUUUUAAAAAGGAAAAAGAAAUCCAAACUGGCUGCACUACCAACUCCUCCCAAUUACUGGCUGCUUCAGCCCCUCUUUACCUGCAACUUUAAUCUUUUUCAUUAGUUUGGUAAACUGAAUGGAAUCUCAUUAGAGAAGUUGCUUGGAGAUACCUUAUUGCCACAGUAUAGUUUAAUGGUACCAGAUAAAAUUGGGGGUGGGUGCAAGGAGUUACUAUUUUUAAAGGAUACAUGGUACUCUAAAUUCUGAUGACUGAAAAUGAAUUUCAUCUGUCACAAAAGUUUGCUUGCUUCCCUCUUGUGCAUUCACUGUUUUUUAAGUGAAGAUAGAAUUAAUAGAUAUUUUUUAAAUAGAAACCAAGGUUUUGGUGAAAUAUUUAGUAUUCUGUAGGAAAAAUGGAAUAUAUUGGCAUUAUGCUUGACAUACUUUUUAAAUAAUGGUACUUAAUAGACUUGAAUAAGGAUGAACAUUUUCUAUUGCCAAGAAUAGCAUUGUAAAAAAUAUUUUGUAAUAAUA